UUGGCGAAGCACGCAGCUGUAAACAUUCGCAAGAUCAAUCCGAAAUUUAGCGCGUUAUCUUCAGCGUUUGUUUAUCAGUUUUAAUUGAACAGUGACCGAAAAUGGAUGUUGCAGAUGCUCAGGUUGGCCAACUGCGCGUCAAGGACGAAGUGGGCAUUCGGGCUCAAAAGUUGUUCCAGGAUUUCCUUGAGGAAUUUAAAGAGGAUGGCGAGAUCAAGUACACGCGCCCGGCAGCCAGCUUGGAAUCUCCAGAUCGCUGCACCUUGGAAGUGAGCUUCGAGGAUGUGGAAAAGUACGACCAGAAUCUGGCCACCGCCAUCAUUGAGGAGUACUACCACAUCUACCCGUUCCUCUGCCAAUCCGUUUCGAACUACGUGAAGGACAGGAUUGGACUGAAGACCCAAAAGGAUUGUUAUGUUGCAUUCACGGAGGUGCCGACGCGGCACAAAGUUCGCGAUUUGACUACCUCCAAGAUUGGCACUCUCAUCCGCAUUUCAGGCCAGGUGGUGCGCACCCAUCCCGUGCACCCGGAGCUGGUUUCCGGUGUCUUCAUGUGUCUGGACUGCCAGACCGAAAUUCGGAAUGUAGAGCAGCAGUUUAAGUUCACCAAUCCCACCAUUUGCCGCAAUCCCGUGUGCUCCAAUCGCCGACGUUUCAUGCUGGAUGUUGAGAAGAGUCUUUUCCUGGACUUCCAGAAGAUUCGCAUCCAAGAGACCCAGGCGGAGCUGCCCCGUGGUUGUAUUCCCCGAGCGGUGGAGAUCAUCUUGCGUUCAGAGUUGGUCGAAACUGUUCAGGCUGGCGAUCGCUAUGAUUUUACAGGCACCCUGAUCGUAGUUCCGGAUGUAAGCGUCCUGGCAGGUGUGGGCACUCGGGCAGAGUCUAGUUCCCGUCAUAAACCAGGCGAGGGAAUGGAGGGAGUCACUGGCUUAAAGGCUCUGGGAAUGCGGGAGCUGAACUACAGAAUGGCCUUCCUCGCCUGCAGCGUUCAAGCCACCACAGCUCGAUUUGGCGGCACAGAUCUUCCCAUGUCGGAGGUUACAGCGGAGGAUAUGAAGAAACAAAUGACAGAUGCGGAGUGGCAUAAAAUCUACGAAAUGUCGAAGGAUCGCAACCUCUACCAAAACCUGAUCAGCAGCCUGUUUCCCUCGAUCUAUGGCAAUGACGAGGUCAAGAGGGGAAUUCUUCUCCAGCAAUUUGGCGGCGUUGCUAAGACUACAACUGAAAAGACAUCACUACGUGGUGACGUCAAUGUCUGCAUCGUGGGUGAUCCCAGUACGGCCAAGUCACAAUUCCUCAAGCAGGUUUCCGACUUCUCGCCCAGAGCUAUCUACACGUCUGGAAAGGCUUCCUCUGCAGCAGGUUUAACUGCAGCUGUCGUACGCGAUGAGGAAUCCUUUGACUUUGUCAUUGAGGCUGGAGCCCUUAUGUUGGCCGACAAUGGCAUUUGCUGCAUUGACGAGUUUGACAAGAUGGAUCAACGCGAUCAGGUGGCCAUUCACGAAGCCAUGGAGCAGCAGACCAUCUCGAUAGCACGCGCUGGAGUUCGAGCUACUCUUAAUGCCCGCACUUCCAUUUUGGCUGCCGCCAAUCCCAUCAAUGGUCGCUAUGAUCGCUCCAAGAGUCUUCAGCAGAACAUACAGUUAUCCGCACCCAUUAUGUCACGUUUCGAUCUGUUCUUCAUCCUUGUAGACGAAUGCAAUGAAGUGGUUGACUAUGCUAUUGCCCGUAAGAUCGUUGAUUUGCACUCGAACAUUGAAGAGUCCGUGGAGCGAGCUUAUACCCGCGAAGAGGUCCUUCGGUAUGUGACCUUUGCACGGCAGUUUAAGCCAGUAAUUGGUCAGGAAGCAGGACGCAUGCUGGUCGAGAACUAUGGUCAUUUGAGGCAGCGUGAUACGGGUACAGCUGGUAGGAGCACUUGGAGGAUCACGGUCCGUCAGCUUGAGUCCAUGAUUCGUCUGAGCGAGGCCAUGGCCAAGCUGGAGUGCUCCAACCGCGUUUUAGAGCGACACGUCAAGGAAGCAUUCCGUUUGCUAAACAAGUCCAUUAUACGCGUGGAACAGCCAGACAUUCAUCUAGAUGAUGAUGACCAGGCUUUGGAUGUGGACGAUGGCAUUCAGAACGACAUUGAUAUGGAGAACAAUGGAGCAGCGGCCAAUUUCGAUGACAAUAUGGACACCUCCGGCAACGGAGCUAUGCAAAAGAAGAAGUUCACGCUAUCCUUCGAGGACUAUAAAAAUCUGUCCACCAUGCUGGUUUUGCACAUGCGUGGUGAGGAGGCGCGCUGCGAGGUUGAGGGCAGCGAUACAGGCAUCAAGCGCAGCGAUGUCGUCACUUGGUAUCUGGAGCAGGUGGCCGAGCAAAUCGAGUCCGAAGAUGAGCUGAUCUCGCGGAAGAACCUCAUCGAGAAGCUAAUCGAUCGCCUCAUCUACCAUGAUCAGGUUAUUAUUCCGCUCAAGACCUCUACGCUAAAGCCGAGGGAAAAAGGUGUGGGACAGAACGAUGAGGAAACGGAGGACGAUCCCCUGCUGGUGGUGCACCCCAACUACAUUGUGGAAUGAUCAAAGCCGACCAACAGUUUUGUAUACCCUUAGUCUACAUAGUUAAGUUUCUGUUUCCACUUUCCAUUUUUUUGAUCAUCUAAUCAUUGUAUUUUAGUUGUAAGUUUGGAUUUUAAGAUAUCACUAAAACCCAUUAAGGAUUUGUUGACCCAUUUGCGGUCAAGUUACGUUCCAAAUUAUCCAUGUUUUCGCCAAAAUAAAUGUUCAUCUCAAGUUCA